ACAAUGCUUGUUUUGUUGUGUAUCUUGCACGUCAAGUGCAUGCUCUCUGGAUGUUCACUGACAACGGACAUUUUUAGUACGUCAUUAAUAUGGCGCCAAAAGAGUUUUAAGUAUGGUCUUAUUUUUGUUGUAAGGUUUGUUGUAAGACCCAGUGUACGCCUGUGCAAUCGCAAAGGAGGGAGAGCUCGAGAGAGCGGGGGAGCAAGCGAGCAAUCUCGGGGCAAAAUGUUUUAGGAAAAGGGUUGCCAAAGAAAUGAGCCAGUUAGCUUGCAACAUAUAACUCAGGUUAUUGUAAUUACGGAAAUAAUUUCGUCUGAUCUUGGGAGAAGACAUUAUGUAAUAAGACUUUAUUGUCGCAUACGAAAUUGGACCUGGGCUGCUACUGAAAUGCGUCAUGGUUUUACUAAUUCAGGUUGUUAGCUUUGCGUGCCAGCUACCCAGUUAGCAGUGCACCUCGUUAUAGCGGGUUCUUUCACCUAGAUAGUGUGAUCCGUAGUUUGGAUUACAAACGACACUCGUCGCUGGUACGAAGUCUCGAAACAACAUUUUUAGGAAGUAAACCAAGAACUGCGCAGGCGGCCAUCGCACUUCUUUUGAAUACCAUGAUAUGCCUUUAGAGGUGUCCUAUUUUGGAGUGAAUUGGACAAGUGCUACUUUUUACUUCGAUUUCUCGGAGAAAAACAUUCAGCGUGCCACCGUCACUUCGGAGCAGUGGACACGAUUUUAUCCAGCCAUCAACGUGGCCAGGUCGAUGUUGGCUACACGGACAAGCAACUGCUACACAAGGCUACCCAAGAAUUCUAGGUUAACUUAGCCUUGCUACAUGUGGUUAGCCUCAAAUGAUUUCCUAAUCUCCCAAUAUUGUCCAGAGUCGAGGACGUUUUGCCCUCACAGGAAAACUGCAAACAAGAUGGAGAGUGAGAAGAAGAGGAGAAAGUACUCCACCAGUAGCAAUGACUCUGAUACCACUGACAGCCACGUGACAACCUGGUCGCGGUCUUCAAAGAACACCGGGACCACUAGCGCAUGGGUACGACUGGAACAGAGAAAACCAUCAGAGGUGUUUCGGACAGAUUUUAUUACGGCCAUGAAGCUGCCUGACUCAACCCAGCUGAACCCAGAGGACUUUUAUGUUCUGUCAGAUCCUUGGAGACAGGAAUGGGAAAAAGGUGUUCAGGUCCCAGCGAACAUGGAGGCCAUUCCUGUGCCUGUGGUCAGGACGCUUCCUGAGGUCAAUCGAAUUCCAUUCUUUUCAUCAGUUCAGAGCAGAGACCGUGCAGAGUUAGGAUUAGGAGACUCACAGAUUCUUACAAACACAAUGAGCCGAUAUGAUCUGGACGAUCUGGAUGUGACCUGGCUUGAACUUGUUAAUGCAGAGUUCAGAGAACUAGCACUACCAGAAUUGGACGAACUGACCAUGGAGCAAGUUCUGGUGGAGUUGGAAAGCCAGUGUGAAGAGAACAUGCAGGAAGCCAUUGAGGCAGAGGAAGGCUUGGGAAUUGAGUAUGAUGAGGAUGUAGUUUGUGAUGUGUGCCGUUCACCUGAAGGUGAGGAUGGCAAUGAGAUGGUUUUCUGCGACAAGUGCAACAUCUGUGUACACCAGGCAUGCUAUGGCAUCUUAAAGGUGCCCCAGGGGAAUUGGUUGUGUCGGACAUGUGCACUUGGGGUGCAGCCUAAAUGUCUGCUGUGUCCCAAAAGAGGAGGAGCUCUGAAGCCCACCCGCAGUGGAACCAAAUGGGUCCACGUCAGCUGUGCCUUAUGGAUCCCUGAGGUAAGUAUUGGCUGCCCUGAGAAGAUGGAGCCUAUCACCAAGGUGUCACACAUUCCUGCCAGUCGAUGGGCCCUGUCCUGUAGCCUGUGCCAAGAACAUACAGGCACAUGCAUACAGUGCUCCAUGCCGUCCUGCAUCAUUGCCUUCCAUGUGACCUGCGCCUUUGAACAUGGCCUGGAGAUGCGUACCAUCCUUGCAGAAAAUGAUGAGGUGCACUUCAAGUCCUACUGCUUGGAGCAUAGCAGUGUCUCACACCCAAACAGCGGAAGUGUAGAUAAGUUUGAAUCAAGACACACAAAUGUGGGACAAUCAAAGGGUGAACAAAUAGACCAGGACCAAACAGGAAUAGAAAAGGCCAGCCAGCGCAAGCAGAAGCUGCAGGAACUGGAAGAUGAAUUUUACCACCUGGUGGAUCCCAAAGAUGUUACUGAGAACCUUGGCUUGCCAGAUGCCCAUGUGGAUUUCCUCUACCAGUUCUGGAAACUCCGUCGCAGGGCUAACUUUAACCAUCCACUUGUGACUCUGAAGAGAGAUGAGGUGGACAACCUGGCUCAACAGGAGCAAGAUGUGCUAUAUCGCCGUCUAAAGCUCUUUACUCACCUGAGACAGGAUCUGGAGAGGGUCAGAAACCUGUGCUAUAUGGUCACAAGGAGAGAAAAGAUGAAGCACAACUUGUGUAGCCUACAGGAGAAGAUCUUCAACCUGCAGAUUCAGCUCCUGGAAGAGGACUUGACUGGAGAAAAAACACUGGAACUUGAUAAGGAGUAUCAAAAUGGAGCGAAGGAGAAAGGAAAAGAGCGGAGGAAGAGAAGUCCAGAGAAGAAGGAGCAAUGGAAGAACAACUCUCUUCUCAAACAGCUGGGUUUCACCACAUCCUUCCCACUGGAAGAUUCGCUAUUUCACAGCUGGCUAGCACAGUCUGUUCAGAUCACAGCAGACAACAUGUUGAGUCAGUGGGCAUUGGCUGGAGAGCCACGGGACCCCUCCGGUAGCCUUCUGUCUGACCAGCUGCUGCAAGGUGAGGAGAGUUUGCUUAACCUGAUGAUGGACCACUCCAUGAAGUCCACCUGGAAGACCCCUCAACUGGGUCGCAAAGCUAGAGGCAAAUCCCAGGGAAGAGGCCACAAGCAGAUCACCUCUGGCCCAGGAGUUGGUGUGGGGUGUGCACUCAAAGGUAAAAAACCUUUUGAAUAUCAGGAAGUUCAUGACAGCAGAUGGGGCAAAAGACUGCGCUCUUUAAAGGCUCUGCACCACCAUCACCACCACUACCACCUUAGUCAUGCCCAAACGAGUACCACUGAUGGCAAAGUGGAUCUGAUACAGCCACCUAUAUCCAAAAUGGACUCCUGCCACAUUUCAGAGAAGAAUGAGGUUGGUAAUGCAGGAUUAAUGUCUGCAGCCUCUGCACCUGACAUCCCAACUGCUCCAAAAACAGAGAGCAGCAGGAGCUCCCGAGUGGCCUUACGAAUUCGACUCCCAAGACAAGGCAAGUCCCGGUUUAAAAGAGUGGGAGUGGAAGUCACAGCCUCUGUGCAGGGAAGUAGUGGUGAGAAAGAGAGCUCGCUGCUGUACACUGAGACUGACGGUUACUUCUCAGAUGCUGAACAGAGUGACUCAGAUUCCCAUCCUGCUAGCCGUAAGUUGCACCUGACCCCGCUGCAUCCAAGGAAUGAGGAGGUACUGAGACAAAGUGUACUGGCCUCCUGAAUAUGUGAAUCAAAUACAGUUGGAGGAAAAGUGUGUCUUUGAGAUUGUUCAGGAUACCAUGAUUUCUAUUCUUUUCCCUCAGUCUGGUGACAAAAUGCAGAGUUUAUCUGUAGAAUUAUAUCAGUGACCAAAACUCUGUAAUACCUAGUCAGUCAAAUUUGUCUGUGCUUUUUCUUUAAGCCAUUAAUGUGUCACUGUACCAACAUCAUGUUAUUAUUGGUUGGCGAAGCAUAAUAAUUUUUCUUGAUAUUUUAUGUUUUAUCCUCCAAAUAUGUUCUUGGGAAGCAGCUGGAUUUGGUACACUGGUUUAAAAAGUAAGUGAUAAGCAAUCAAAUGGAAAUUUUAUAUGGGCAUUAUUAAGUUCGUUCAGGUUUGUAUUGCUCUUAUGUCCUCAAAAAGUACCAAAUACGUCUUUUCAAUGGAUGUGACCAAUUCAGCCUUUUGGCUGAAAAACAGUAUACAGAGAAAAAAAUAAGCGUCUUAAAAUUCCUAAAAGCACAAGUAAAAGUUUAUUUAUAUAGAGCUUUUUACAACAGACAUUGUCACAAAGCAGCUUUACAGAAAAAAAAGUAAGAACUGUAAUACACAAGCAUAUUACACCUAAAAUGUAUUUAGUGAAAAUAAGACUUUAUAUGUUUCACCCACAUAGUUUGUAGUUCCAAAAGAGUUCUUUUGCAUACAUAUAUAACAUACACCAGCCCUGAGUCAACAAAUAUUAUUUCAUGUCUUCAAACUAACCCCGUCUCCUCCAGUUGCCAAGGCUCACUUAAAGAGUAAGCAGACAUCUGUAUUAAGAAUUGUGCCUUCUUUUGCUCUCCUGAAACAAGAUAAUCAGGUAGUUCAACUUAUAUAUUAACUUAUUAUUCGUUUAAAAGGACAAACCCCUUAAAAACUAAGUUCAGAUGUUUUAGUGCAGUGCCUAGAAAUGCAGCAUUUGCCAUUAAUCAGCCAAACAACAAACACAGUGUCUAACGUCAUACCGUUGUUAUGAAAGAUGUUGUCCGCAAAUAGCCUAAAUUGACUUACAAUCAGCCUCCGUGAGUCCCCAAUUUCAAAAUAGCUGUAAGCUCUCAGUUUCUCCUUAUUGUAUACCUUAGCAAUCCAUGGUAUAUGUCUCAGGGUUAAAGAGCAAGAGCUUAAUCUCAAUCAAGUAAAAAGAAAAAUAAUCACAAAAUCUUCAUUUGCAUAUUUCAUCUGCAUACCUUACUGUUGAUAAUCAUGACUACUAAUAGGUUUCUCUGUAGGUUUUCUAAAUAGUUUUAUUAAUGCCAAAGAACAGUAUGUGAAAACUGUACAGUGGGCAUGUAAGUACGAGGUGGUCCACUUGCAAUAACGGGGGUUGGUCUAGCCCUAGGGCGAGAGUAUCGUCGGCCCUCUCAUUUGGGAGAGGGUAAUCUGUUUUAAGUGUUUCAUGUCAGUCCUCUUUUUUGACAAAUCAAAUAUCUACAGAGACAUGAUGAGAUUUACUGCUUUACUCCUCCUUACAUAGUGCGUGCAACCAAUCCAAUUUGCUCUACUCCAACAAAGGUCCUGAAUACAGAUGUCACUGCAGAGUCAGGACUGCUAGAAUUGUCAAGAUUAGGGUUUCAGCAUUAACAGCACAUUUAUUUUACAUCUUUUAUCAAUGAAUAGAAAAAGAGACCACAUCAGAUUUAACAUGGAUGGUACUGAGAUGGCCCACAGGAAACCCAGUGCCAGUAAGCCAAGUCUUAAUAUUUGAAUGAUUCUCAAAUUGUAUCUUAGGUUCACAUUAAUUAGACAGCUAAUUGUGAACACUCAUCAGGUUUUUGUAACUUUAGACAGUGAGUAAAGAUUCACUUCAGAAUUAGCUCAACUCUGUUAUAUCCGUUGUGUGACCAUGGUGAUGCAAAAACAGCAACACUUUUAAGCAUUUCAUUUUUGCUGCUUAUUAUAUUAGGGCCUAAUCUAAGAUAGUAGUAGUAUUCUUAGAUAGGGCUGGGUCAUGCAGUUUUCAGUUUAUAUCCUGACUCUUGGAACAAUACUGGCAUAUAUUACAGCAUGCUUCAUUUCGUUUGUAAACCAGAAAAGCAUGUGAGUUCUAACAGACCAUUUGUGCAUAGUUUUGACUUGUAGCUUAAGAGCUUAAACAAGCUUAAAUGGCCAAAACCUUCCGUUUAUUACAAAGAAAGUGUACAAGUGGUUGUUAUGAUGUCUCUUUGAUCAGUCGACAAAGUAAUACUGCAAUACUAAAUGACUUGAGUUAUAUGGAAGUGUAAUAUAAACCAUUCUGUAUUGUCAUGACAUGUUGGAGGAAUCUCUUUCCCUAAAUAUUUUCAGACACAUAAGCCACAAUUCUUAACAUUUUGCAAUAUAAGAUAUAAAAGGACAUGAAUGUGCUGCCAGUAAAAAGGAACAGAACAAAUUUAUACUAUGUUUCUACCCACCUCUAUUUUGUAGUUUUGUACACAUCCAUGGUAAACAUAUAAUACUGUGCCUCUAGCGACAUGGUUUUGCUCUUUAUACUGGGGUCUGCAAGCAUUUCUCUCAUUUUUUUAACUACUGUUUAUGUACCAGAAUGAUGACAUUUAACUGCUUGAUAUGAAGUUUGCUUCCAAUUCCUGGCUAAGUAAUAAAUUUAGGUACAAGUGGAGAAUAAAAGGUCUUCAAGCUAGGUAACAACAUGGACAUGUUGCUUUUACACAAAGUAAAUUCAUAAUACAAGCAACAAGCCAAUGUUGCUCUUUAAUGAUCUUUUUUGUUUUUAUUUACAUAUCAGGAGCAAAAGUAAUGAGAUAAUAGUUGGGUGUAUUUUUGUAAAAAGUGCUAGAAUGGUGAUGAGUUGCAGUUCAAACCACCCUUCAUUGACAAAAGCAGCAUUCUAAGUCACAAUGGAGGAAAGUUAAAGGAGUCUGUGCUUUUGCUGUCUGUAUUCAGAGGUCAGGUGUAGGAAUGUUUGAUCCCUUGGAUUUAGUAAAAGUCCACAAUCACAUAGUUUUGUUCAAUGUUCUCAACAAAUCCUUCCUCUAUUCUGCUUGUACUGAAUUAUCAGGUGAUUCAGAAGCUGGGUUCAUAUAUGAGCCAUAUAUAGGGUUUCAUGUUCUUAUCCAGUAUGUUUUCAUGUCUCAUGAGUUGUGCAGUGGCAUGUAAAAGUUUGGGCACUCUGCUCAAAAUUUCUGUGACUGUGAGUAGCUAUUUCCAAAAAGCAUAAAGCUGACAUAUUUCUUUGAUUUUUUUUAAGCAGGACUACUUGUUUAUUUCCGUGUUUUGUAGCUUCAAAACAACAAAAAAGGAAAAGGGCCCAAUGCAAGCUUGGGCACCCUGCAUAGUCAGUAUUAGUAACACCCCCUUUAGUAUCACAGCUUGUAAACCUUUUAAGAAAGCAGUUCUUGUUUAGGGGAUUUACCCGUAAAAUGUUCCCUGUGUCGCUAGCUGCAACACAAGCCCAAAGCUUGAUCGAUCCACGCUUGUGCCUAAGAGAUGGAAAGGUGUUUUUUGUUUUCAUUCAAAUCUGCACCCUUGUUUCUACAGACAUACCUGUAGUCAUUCUUCUGAUGACUUUUCCAUGAAGGUCAUAUUUGUGCAGAUGUUGCUACACAGUAGAACAGUGCACCACCACUCCAGAGUCUGCUAAAUACCUGAAGGUCUUUUGCAGUCAAACGGGGGUUUAGAUUUGCCUUUCCAGCAAUCCCACAAGCAGAUUCUCUUGGAAAGUUUUCUUGGUCUUCCAGAACCUCAACUUGACUGUUCCUGUUAACUGACAUUUCUUCAUUACAUAUCGAACUGAGGAAACUCCUGCUUUGUGGGCAUCAAUUAUUUUAAUUUUCAGAGUGCUGGGCAGCUGCUUAGAGGAGCCCAUGGCUCCUGUCUUCACUUUAAAAUUGUACAAAGCAAAAAUAAUACACUAAUCUUGCUUAAAGUUUUGAAAGAAUGUUUCAUCUGUAUGCCUUUUGGAGAUGAGUACAUUUUCUAUUCCACUUAACGUCUCGCAUUAACUGAAAUUUUGAGCAGGGGUGCCCAAACCUUUGCAUGCUAAUGUAGAUCCCCAGAUGGCCUCCCAAAAUGGAUUGUUCAAGUCUCAGUGUUAUUAUUUGUUUCCCAUACAUGCUUUUUUUCCUGGAGCUUUCUUGUAUGUCUAUCACAAAAGGGAAGAUCAAUAUCAGGAAGAGAAGUUGAUCCUUUUUAGAACCUGCUGAUAGCAUCAUACACUUUUAAACAUCCUUUGUCAUUACUCCUAUCCUGUAAAUGCGACAUUUCUGUUGUCAAGUACUAUUCCCAAUGAAUAUUGGCUCUGCUUCUGUUAAUAUGAUAAUGUGAAUGUUGCAGGAGUUUCCUUCUGUAUCCUUUAUUUUAAAGAAUGUUGUGCCAUUUGUUAAUAACAGAGAGAAGAAAUAUUGAACUUAUAUUGAGGGAAAAAAAAGCUAAUUUAAAUUAUUUUGGGCUUUUUUGCUAUAUUUAUUUUGUUGUAUUACAAAUCGUCUUUGUAGGAGGACAGAAGACAAAUGUAUUUUUCAUUAGUGCAAAAACCUAUUUUACUUUUUUUUGUAAAUUUUCUCCAUGUAAGCAGUGUUUAAAGCAAUAUAAUGUUCCAUCAUAUAUCUGCAUGUUGUUUGUGUUACCUUAAUGAUGGCCGCAUUCACUGCGGCUUUUCCACCUGUCCCUGUCGUUGCCCAAUACCCUGGUGUGGUUAACCAAUGUAGUCAGUAAAGCUACACUUUCUGUGU